GCAGCGGUACCUCACCCGGGGAAACACGGCUUCUAUGAAGGAGGUGGCUACUUGUCAGAACUCACUGACGUCACUGAGAUGAACUUGACCUUAUCUGAACUUGAGGCGUCGGGCUGGAUCGAUCACAAGACCCGAGCUGUGUUUAUUGAGUUCAUCGUGUACAACCCCAACUGCAACCUGUUCUCCGUCGUCGUGCUGUUGGCGGAGUUCACGGCGUGGGGAAAAGUGGAUACAAGUGUGAAGGCAACAACGGUCAGGCUAUUGUACACAACGACUUGGAGUUACAUUGUCCUUGGGUUUCAAAUCAUCUUCGUCCUCAUCACUUUCUACUACUUCUUUAAAGAAAUGAGAAAAGUGCUUCUGCUAGGAUCAGGCUACUUCAAGAUGUUUUGGAACGUUGUGGACCUGUGCGUUUGCAUGCUGUCUCUUGCUGAGAUCGGGGUUACACUGUACACGUCAUACUUACUCGUCGACUUCAACAGACCGCACCACAAAACAACCCAACCCUACAGCAAGUACCACCAGGCCACCAGCUGGUACACAAUUAAAACAUAUGUUCUCGGCUGUCUGGUCUGUCUUGCGACCUUGAAACUUCUAAAACUGUGUCUCUUUAACAAGUUUGUGGAACGUGGGGCGAAGGUCACCAAGAUGGCGGCACGGCCCCUGUGCGGAUUCAUGCUCAUAUUUGCCAUCGUUUUCUCCUCGUUUGCUAUGCUGGCGUUCCUUUUGCUCGGUGAUUCCCUAGAAGGAUAUAGUUCAUAUAUCUCCACGAUGCAGACCAUGUUACAAAUGAUGCUUGGCUCAUUUGACUACUACAGAGUAGAAGGAGCGCACUGGAUUCUGGGACCAACGAUGCUGUUUGCUUUCCUGUUCUUCUUUAACUUCAUCAUCAUCCUGAUGUUCCUCGCCAUCUUGGAUGAGGCCUAUCACUCUGUCAAAGGUGAAGAAAGGUUGAACGGAAAAUCUAUGAAUCGAAAGAUCGCGGAUCUUGCUUCCAAACGUUUAGAAAAUCUCUUGAAAACCAGAAACUCUUCAAACGACAGCAAAUGCAUCCAAGGUGUGCCAGAUACUGAAGAAGAAAAGUGUGAUUUUUCCACUCUCAACAACAUUGCUCCACUGUCCAGAAAUGGUGGCGAACAGCAAGCAGAGGAGGGGAUUUAUGGAAAACGCCACAUUGAAUCUUCUCACAAACGCAGGAGCUUCUUUGAUCUCGUGUGUGGCCGGAGGAGUGAGAAGCGGUCGUCAAAUUAUGAAAUUCGUCUCCUUCAUUACAGGCCAACAUCAGACGUUGAGGCGAGAGACUGUGCUACUUGCUCAGAUCGCUACUUGGAGUACGCUCCUGAGCAAACCUCCACGGAGACGAGAUUGUAAACUGAGUUGAAUCUGAACGACUAAUCAUAUAUAUUCAAUACACAUGCCUCAUCUUGUACUCAAACUGUGUAGGACCUUUAGUGUUAGUUUUAGCCUACUUGCAUCUUGAUAGGGGCAAACAUGUCGCCUUGUUUGGGAGACAAAACAUAGUCGCUCAGCAGUUCAGACACGGUCUUAUACGGAUAGCAAUGACCUAGUCACCAUGAUCAUCGUUUUACUGUAAACUUGUAGCAACAAAGUCAGGGCAAUAUUGGGACAGUUCUAGAGGUGUCGCACAAAAGUCAGCUGUGCUGAAAGGACUGUCGUAGAGCCUUGCAAACGGUAGGUUCUGUAUUUGACUUUGACUUUAUUCAAACAUUGUGACAUAAACAAUAUAUACAAUAUGGACACAUAGGCAGCAGGCUGAUAUCGUGACCACAUACAUACAUGUACAAUACAAUACGUAAA